GGUCUGCUUCCAUGCUACAGUGUAAUAACCCGGUAGUGUAGUUUUGUAGGUUAUCUAACUCUCUCCCACUACCUGUGUGGAUCUGAUUGGACUUAUUCUACCUUCAUACCCUUAAAUUAAACAUUUAAGAUGUAUUAACGCUGUUUAAUGAGACUGUGAACCCGGUCUCUGCGAUGGCAGUCCUGAACCUCUCCUUCGCUGCGUGUGGUUUCUUGGGGAUCUACCACCUGGGUGCAGUCAGGGCCUUCCUCCGACACGGGGACCGACUAGUCGAGUCACUCAGGGCCUGUGCGGGGGCCUCAGCCGGGGCUCUGGUGGCAGCUGUGAUGAUUACAGCUCCUGACAAGUUAGAGGACUGUGAAGACUUCACCUACAGGUUUGCAGCCAGCGUGAGACGACAGAGGUUUGGAGCCGUCACGCCGGGAUUCAACUUCAUGCUCACUCUGCGGGAGGGGAUGGAGGAGAUUCUGCCCGCUGACGCUCACAGCCUGGCUUCAGAGCGCCUCCACGUCUCCAUCACUCACUCGAAGAGCGGGAAGAACCUUGUGGUGUCUCGCUUCACCUCCAGAGAGGAGCUCAUACAGGCUCUCCUGGCCAGCAGCUUUGUCCCCGUCUAUGCUGGACUCAAACCGGUGGACUUCAGAGGACAGAAAUGGAUCGACGGAGGAUUCACUGACAGUCUGCCCAUCCUGCCCGUCGGACGAACCAUCACCGUGUCUCCCUUCACUGGACUGCAGGACGUGUGUCCGGUCCACAUGGGGCGCUUCAACACCCAGCUCAAGCUGGCCAACAUGAAUGUCAUGUUCUCCAUGGAGAACAUCAAGCGUCUGAACCAGGCCCUGUUCCCUCCAUCCAGCAGGGGCAUGAAGUCGUUCUAUGAGGAAGGAUUCAGUGACGCUGUGCGGUUCCUGAAGAGAGAGUCCUGGAUGAGCUGACGAGGAGGAAGAGGACUGAUUGUAACUGUGUUUAUUUUCUGUCUUUCUCAAUAAACUGCAUGAAACAUCCUG